CUGCAGGAUCUCUCCAGAGGGCGAUUAGAACGCAGAGCUACAUGAAAACACGACUGAGGACAGUUCCGAAGGAGACGUUUUGCGAUCAGAGGAGGCUAACAGCUGUGGCAAGAGGUUUCCUGUCACUCUCUCGUAGUAGUUGAACCCGGAAACUUGGCUGAUUGGCUCCUCGGCGCUGGCUCUGGUUUCCCUCCGAGUUUUGAUAAUGUUGGCUGGCGAUUUAAAUGAGAUGCUUCAGAUCCCGGAGCUGCAGAUCCCAAAUCUGUCGGACAGUACCUCCGCCACGAGCAGCAGCAACACUCCCAGCCAUCGGCGGCGGCGCUUUAAGAUGAGACGUUCGAAGACUGCGAGGAACCGAGAGUGCGCCGAAGCCACGGACGACACCGGGAAUCUGGAAUAUCUACAACUGCCGUCUAUUGAGAUCACUCCGUCCAGCGAUGAGGACAGCAUUGUUUCCAACUCUUCCACUCCCAGCACGUCCCCAAGGCGCCAAGGCUUGAGGCUGCACGCUUUGGGUACCACGUCAGAUAAGGAUGGUAGUGAGAUAGAAGUUACUGUGAACAGCAAGAGUAGAUUGGACAUAAUGGAGCCCCCAGAAGUUCGGCGGCGAUGGAGGAAGUAUUCAUCAGGAAAUAGCACGGCAAGUAACUCGAACCGAAGCUCGCCCGCCUGCUCUCCCGUCCUCCGCAAACGCUCCCGCUCGCCAACACCGCAGCAGAGCGAAGGAGAGGCCAUGGUGGAAAAAAGUUCGGACCAUUCUUCAGACAAAUCUCCUCCCACCCCAGAGCCGGGGGUCCAGCGGAGUGGGUCAUCUCAGUCGGGACGAAGUGGGGGCAAAAAUUCCAAGAAGAGCCAGAGCUGGUACAAUGUCCUGAGUCCAACGUAUAAACAAAGAAAUGAAGAUUUUCGGAAACUCUUUAAACAACUGCCAGAUACAGAGCGUCUCAUUGUUGACUAUUCGUGUGCUCUGCAGAGGGACAUUUUACUACAGGGGCGCCUCUACCUGUCUGAGAACUGGAUAUGCUUCUACAGUAACAUCUUUCGCUGGGAGACUCUGUUAACAGUACGAUUGAAGGAUAUCUGCUCAAUGACUAAAGAAAAGACAGCCAGACUAAUUCCAAAUGCAAUUCAACUUUGCACUGACAAUGAGAAGCACUUUUUCACCUCAUUUGGGGCAAGAGAUCGAACCUACAUGAUGAUGUUCCGCCUCUGGCAGAAUGCUUUGCUUGAAAAGCCUUUGUGUCCGAAGGAACUCUGGCAUUUUGUUCACCAGUGCUAUGGCAAUGAGCUUGGCCUUACUAGCGAUGACGAGGACUAUGUCCCCCCAGAUGAUGAUUUUAACACCGUGGGUUAUUGUGAAGAGAUUCCAGUGGAGGAAGUUGAGGUGAAUGAUAAUUCCUCCAAAAGCAGCAGCGAGAUUAAGUCCGAAACGAACUGCAACCUGGCGGACCCUUCGCUGACGAGCAGUAAUGUGCCAUCCACAGCCAGCAGUGAUGUCCCUGCUUAUGAUGGGGCCUUGCUGGACGAUCUCGACAGCUCGUUAGAGAGGGAGCUGUUGAUUGCAAACAUGGAGGACCAUAAAUUGGAGCUCCUUUCUCCGGUCACGUCUCCAUCCUUGGACCUAAAUGAUAAUGAAGACCUGCCCACAGAGCUCAGCGAUUCAUCUGAAACGCAUGAUGAAGGUGAAGUUCAGGCUUUCUAUGAGGAUCUGAAUGGCCGGCAGUACAUCAAUGAGGUGUUUAGUUUCAAUGUGGACAAACUCUUUAGCCUCCUGUUUAGUGAAUCUCAAUUUCUAAGGGACUUUAUGGAGCAGCGGCGGUUUACAGAAGUGAUAUUUCACCCAUGGAAGAAGGAGGAGAAUGGAAACCAGACCCGGGUUAUUUUAUACACCAUUGCACUAACCAAUCCUUUGGCUCCUAAAUCUGCGACGGUCACGGAGACCCAGACGCUGUACAAGGCCAGCCAGGAGAGCGAAUGUUAUGUAGUUGAUGCUGAAGUGCUGACACACGAUAUACCUUAUCAUGAUUACUUCUACACGAUCAACCGCUACACGCUAACCAGAGUGGCCCGAAACAAAAGCCGGCUAAGGAUUUCUACGGAACUCAGAUACCGCAAGCAGCCGUGGGGACUCGUUAAAACAUUCAUUGAGAAAAAUUUCUGGAGUGGACUUGACGAAUAUUUCCACCAUAUGGAGAAUGAACUAACCAAAGCAGAGACGGCGUACCUGUCCGAUCUUCACAGACAGUCCCCUAAAGAGAAAAUCACCAAGAUUACAUCAACGAGGCGAAGGAAGCGUCCUCAUGGUCACUUACGGAUUCCUCAUCUACAGGAGGUGCUUAGCCCUGUCACAACACCCACUGAUGAGGAGAGACACCACCACGUCAGACAUGUAGCAGGCUCCACUCAGACACGACACGUUCCAGAGGAGAAGCAUAAUCAGCUCCAGAGCAUCUCUAAACUCCUGCUGGUCAUCAGUUUUGUCCUGGUGCUUCUGGUCAUGCUCAAUGUAAUGCUCUUCUACAAGCUCUGGAUGUUGGAAUACAGCACUCAGGCCCUGAGCACAUGGCAAGGCUUCAGACUCCAAGAAAGCCCUCUCCCGCAGUCGCAGGCGGAGUGGACCCAGCUGCUGGAGUCUCAGCAAAAACAUCACGACACAGAGCUUCAAAAAUGGAGGCAGAUUGUAAAGUCAUCUGUCAUGCUGCUGGAUCAGGUAAAAAAAAAGAUGAAAGAUUCCUUGAUAAACCUCCAGAAUGGCAUUGUUUCACGAGACUUUGUCUCAGACUCGGAGGACAAACCUUACCAAUGAGGGUGACGGGAACGUAUGGCGGGAGAAAGUGUGCAAUAUGUGUAUAGAGAAGAUUUAUAUGUAGAUACAUAUAUAAAUAUAUAUAUGUAUACUAUGAAUACAAAAUUUAUAUUCUAGAAUGAACUGAAUACGCAGCAGCUGUGUUGAGUGGAUGGCCUUCAUCCAGCUGCCUGAAGACGUUUUCGCUCAGAGAUGCCGGGUAUGGUGUUUCGAAACUUGAUUUUCUCAGCGUUCUUGUUCUGAAGAAAGAUUUGUGCAGCUCUUCCUCGAAACGAGGAUCUUAACCCAGAGUAUAAACCUGCGCCAAUUGCUCUACCUCCGACACCCGCAAAACCUUUUGCCGAUGUCAGCUCGACGCAGCACCCUGGGGUCUAGGCUGGUGCCCCCCCCGAGUGGAUAGGUGCUCAGGAGAUAAGCAGGGGCACCCUCAGAACAAAGGAGUAGAAGAGGGGAGUACGGAGCAACAAAAAAGAAAAAAGGCACAAUCGCUCCUGGCGGAUGUCUUGUGUCAUCACAAAACUCUUGAACUAAUCCGUGAAGACUCCACUGCCACCCAGCACUGGUCCAAUCAACCUUUAGACGGUGCAGAAUCUGAGAAGUGUCCUGUCUCCUGGACGGAGCAAUACAUGGGGAAAAGCUAGAUUUUAUAAUAUAUAUUUUUUUUUCUCUUGAGUAAUUUAAAGCUUGAAAAAAAAAAAAAAAAAACUUUAGGGAUUUAUUUGUCUUUUAUGUAAUUCCUUGUUUUUUGGGUUACAAUGCUCUGUGUGCAGCUCUACUCUGGGCAGUGGCUGAGGAACCUCACGCCAGUGUUUGGUGACCACAUCGACUAACUUAUUGUCUCUUUUUUUUUUUCUGUUGUUUGUCUUUUUUUUUUUUUUUAUCCUUUCCAAACUCACUGAGUUUAAUCAGCGGAGGUCCUUCCUAAAUGCAGUGGGGGACGGUUAAGUUAUUGCACAACAAUUGAUCUAACUGUUACGGCAUCAAGGUCGGAGAAACCUCUAGUAAGGAACGGGUUGUUCUGUUUUUGUAGAAAUCGUAACAAAAAUGAUUUCAUCAUUUUGAAAUUAUCGUCAAAUUCAGAAUUCGGAUUAAUGGCUUCAUUUGCAAAGUGUUAUUAUGCCAUCCUGGUCAAUGGUAUCAAGAAUAUGAGAAGAAUGCAUUUGUCAUUGGAAGACCAGAACGAUGUGCUAGGCGAUCGCGUGUCCCCCACUACAUUUGGGCCCCCCCAUAUUAUUUACAAGAGCUGCCACAGCUGCUAACUAUUAAAUGACUGUCCAAUCCUGAA